AUGCAAAACUCGAUAGAUAUUGGUUGGCUUGAGAUUGGUAUCCGUGAGGAUUCUAGUCUUGCAGUCCUAGACCAUCGUCGGCUAAGAAGUGUUAUCGCUGAGCUUUUCAAUCCAGAGAACCAGUACCCCUCAUUAUGUACUUUUCUUGGAGGGAAGACCAAAGACCAUGCCCUUCAGCAGCUUUACCCACUAAAUAACAUCAAACGGCAUAUUUCAGAUGCCCAGAUCCGACUUCGAUAUGAUAUCAGUUCUCUUGGAAGCCAACAGCCUACUCUGCUAGCUGAUGGUGAUAUCCCGAGCUUGGAAGACUUUAGCGCCCUUAAAGUGUUACAAGCCGGCCAAGGCUGGCCUGUUUCUUGGGAAUCCAAAUCUGCACGCCGAAUUCUAAUUGCAUUAUGGUCACGUCUGGUCUUUUGCUUUACUGAUGUUAUUUGUAUCUUUCUUGAUAACGAUGAUGACGUCCAAAAAGUUGUCAGCCUUUUACUUGGCUGUUUAAAUUUCGGUUCCGCCUCACAGCUACCCAAGUCUUUACUACCCAAGGCUAUAUUCAUUUAUAACACCACAGUAUCUCUUACAGGACAACAGUACCUCAAUCAGAAGAUAGAAGAGGCUGGGUAUAAAGAUCUUACUCAGAUUUUCUCGAGUACUACUAUAAUAUAUAUAUCGGAUGAGAGCGCUCUAUCUAAUAGUGCACAGUUCUACAAGCUCAAGUCUAUUAUAGGGGAGCAGGUAGAUCUUCUCUCCUCGAUUCGCCAAGAAUACCACGGUCGGCCAAACGGUAAUCAUUUCCUAGCACUAUUUCAAUCAGCAGUGGAUCAUAUGCUACAUGAUGUUACCACACAUUUCGAUGUGGUUAAAGCUAUGAGAAAGGAUCGCCCAGUGAACAUGAAUAUGGAAUCAUACUUACAACAAGCCCUAUAA